GAGUGGGACCAGGUGAUGGUGGGGCUGUACUGCGGGGACAGCCGCCUGCAGCAGGAAGCGCUGGACCGGGUCUCGGCCUGGAAGAGCCGGUAUGGUCCCAAAAUGCCUCUGGCAGUGGAUUGCACCACUGAACUGAUUCGUUGCAAGGUCCUAGAUUCAUCUGGCAAAUUGAAGUCUCAUGAGCUCAUCCUCUCUUAUGGGCUGGCUCUUGUAAGGUUUGUCAACUUGAUAACAGAAAGGAAACAGAAAAUGGUCAGCAUUCCUCUGCGACAGUUAGCCAAAGAGGUGGAUAUCCCCAUCUGGGUGGUGGAUCUCCGUCAUGAGCUGACCCACGGGAAGCUGCCGCCGCUGGCGCUGUGCCGUAAGGGUUGUGACGUUGUGCUGGAGUGGCUGCGGAAGACGUAUUGGAGCCGGCAGCUGGGGAAUAACUUGUGUGAAGAAAGUGAGGAUGAGGAUGAAGAGGAGCAGGAAGGGAUGGAAGCAAAUGCAGAGUUGGGCAGUGAUGCAUGGGAGAUGCCAAACCCACAGCACGAGGCCUGUGAGAAACACAAGGAAUUCCAUGAGAAAGUCAGAGAUGUGCUGAUAUCCUACAAGAAUGAGCAGUUUCGGGCUAUGCAGGCUGCUCAAUCUCUUUCAAAGUCUCGAGAAGCAUGGUCUGAUUCCUCUUCAGAAGUAGACUGGAUGUUGGCUCAGAUCAAAGACCUGAUGCAAGAGAACAGGGAGACAGUGGCUGAGGUUCUUCUCUAUGAUGGCUUUCUCAUCCCAAAGAUGGAGUGUCUGGAGAUGCUAAAUAUCAAGCAUGAAGCAAAUAAAGACAUGUGGCACUUCAGAAUUCCUGAGAGUUUUUACUGCUUUUGGCAGCCUUUGCUCUCAGGCCUCCUGUCCCGAAGCUUUACACAGAUCCUACUGGAGAAGAUGUUCCUGGAGCUGAAGGAAUGUUCAGACUUCUCAGAACUCCGGCCUCACUUCUUGAUCAACUGGAUUGCUGAGAUGCUGGCUGGCAUUGCCAAAGUGAACACUGGGAAAAGGAAACAGCAAUGCAACAAACAGGUGACAGGGAAGGAGCUGUUUCUCCACAGAGUUCCUCUGCAGUGGCUCAGGCUGACUGAUAACUGCUUGGAAGCUCCCUGCUGGGCAACUCCACACCUUCUUCAGAUGAUCCUCACAAUCAUGACCCCUCCCCUGUCACGUUCUUCGCAGAAGAAACUUCUCUACCUCACUUCGGUUUACACAGAAGGAGUUGGCCCUGUGUCCAGUCCAGGCACUUCCUCAGAUGGCAGUGAACACCCAAUUUACACCAUAGAGAGCUUGCAGUGGAGGGCCAGGCAAGACAGUCAGGUUAAAAAUCAAGGGCAGACUGUGGAGCAGCCAGAAGAUGUGCUGGAGAGAGAUGAUGGUGUAGAAGAGGUGGAGGAAGAGGAAGAAGAGAUGGUAACUGAAGCAAAUCCUUUGGAAGGAGCUGCUCAUUCUGGCAACAUGAUGGCCAUUGCUGAGAAAAGAGCAGCACUGCAAGGGUCCCCCUGGCAGAUCAGUGCAGAGGAUGUGCAAUGGAAAGAUUUUCCUCUUGGGAAGCUCCCAGGUCAAACAGAUGACCCCGAUGGCCUCCUGCUGGAUAAUUACUCCAUGAUGUCCUUGCUUGAUCAGCCUGUGAGAGAUGAGUGGAAGUCUCCCAAUACAAACUCUGCAGAAUUGAACGUUCCUGUGUCAGGAGGAUUGUUGUGGACCCAGAAUGACUUCCAUAAAAUAAAAAGUGGCCUCCAGCUCUUCUAAGGCAGCAGAGUGGUCUGAGGCUUUCAGCACAGGACAAGUGGGCUGGAAGAACAGGUGAUGGGGAAAGAGCCACUCCAAGAUACUCU